CUCCCCGUCCAGAGCCUCAAAUCACCAACGCCUUUUUGCUGUCUGGCCAGCCACACCGAAUAAGUAAAGACAGCCGACAUUCAGAAAUUUCCAUUCCUAGAAAGCAAAUAUACUCCAGGGGCACACCAUGUCAGGACUUCUGUCCCACGUACGGGGUCCAUCGUAUUGCAUUCGCUCCGAGAACAUCAAAUGUAUGGUGGACUGCAGCAGUUUUGUUUCCAACAUAGGAAACAGUUCGGAUGCACCCAAAACGGACACCCACCUUAUAAGUUUCCCGUCCUUACGAUUAAAGACGACGACAAGGAUGAUCAUGCAGAGAUUACAUUUAGAGAGUUCUGGUUCUGGUUCUGGUGUGCAGUACUACAAACGAGGGCACCGUGUCAUUGUCGGUGCGAGCCCGUCAACGGAGGCUGCCGCGAUUGCUACAGCGCCACUGAAGAAAGAGGAUCUUGUCGCAUACCUUGCUUCCGGGUGCAAGACUAAGGAGAAAUGGAGAAUAGGUACAGAAAAUGAAAAGUUUGGCUUUGAGAUAAAAACUUUGAGGCCAAUGAAGUAUGAACAAAUAGCAGAUUUGCUAAAUGGUAUUGCUGAGAGAUUUAAUUGGGAGAAAAUAAUGGAAGGUGACAACAUUAUUGGACUAAAACAGGGAAAGCAAAGCAUAUCAUUAGAACCUGGAGGCCAAUUCGAGCUCAGUGGCGCUCCUUUGGAAACGUUACAUCAAACAUGUGCAGAGGUUAAUUCACACCUUUAUCAGGUCAAAGCUGUUGCAGAGGAAAUGGGAAUUGGAUUCCUGGGAAUUGGUUUCCAGCCUAAAUGGGGCGUAAACGACAUACCUGUAAUGCCCAAGGGAAGAUAUGAAAUAAUUAGGAAUUACGUGCCUAAAGUUGGUUCUCUGGGACUUGAUGUGAUGUACCGGACAUGCACCGUUCAGGUCAAUUUGGACUUCAGUUCUGAGGUCGACAUGAUCAAGAAAUUUCGUGCUAGUCUUGCCUUGCAGCCUAUCGCAACAGCACUGUUUGCCAAUUCGCCUUUCACUGAAGGAAAGCCGAAUGGUUAUCUUAGUAUGAGAAGUCAAGUCUGGACUGAUUACGAUAACAAUCGCACUGGCAUGCUUCCCUUUGUUUUUGAUGACUCCUUUGGGUUUGAACAGUAUGUAGAUUAUGCGCUUGAUGUGCCGAUGUAUUUCGUCUAUCAGAAGAAGAAGUAUAUUGAUUGUUGUGGAUUGUCCUUCCGGGACUUCAUGUCCGGAAAACUUUCUCCCAUUCCUGGUGAAUUGGCAACCCUCAAUGAUUGGGAGAAUCAUUUGGCAACAAUAUAUCCCGAGGUCAGGUUAAAGAGAUACUUGGAGAUGAGAGGAGCUGAUGGGGGCCCUUGGAGGAGUUUAUGUGCAUUGCCUGCAUUUUGGGUGGGUAUAUUGUACGAUGAGGUUUCUCUACAAAGUGUGCUAGACAUUACAGCUGAUUGGACCCCAGAAGAACGACAAAUGUUGAGAAAUAAGGUACCAAAGAGUGGCCUAAAGACUCCAUUUAGAGAUGGAUUGCUGAGGCAUGUAGCAGAAGAAGUUGUAAAGUUGGCAAAGGAUGGGUUGGAAAGGAGAGGCUUCAAGGAAUCAGGAUUUUUAAAUGAAGUGGUUGAGGUGGUUAGAACAGGAGUAACACCAGCCGAGAAGCUUUUGGAGAUGUAUCACGGAAAGUGGGGGGGACAAUCCGUUGAUCCUAUUUUUGAGGAGCUGCUAUACUGACAGAAUCAUUUUCGGUCUACACCGUCCGGCGCUUCAUGGGCAAGGUUCAUCCCAAUGUUUAGGUUGUAACGUCGAUUGUUGUUGUCUUGACAGAAUCAUUUUCUGUUGAUAACCCCCGGACUCCGAUUUUAGAGGAAUAAUCUGGAUGUCUAUCCUUGGCACGAAGCUAAGCUUUUCAAGCAACUCAUUUUCUAAAUGUUUGUUUUCGGCGGUGGUGGAGUCAGGAUUUUGGCCCAGGGGAGCCAGUUUAAUAGACUCUUAUUUUUUAUCGGAACGUGUAUUUCUUAUAUUAUAAAGUUUUUGUUUUUCAAUACAUUACAUUGGUGCAUUGAGAUGAUUCUAGCCUAAUGUAAUUAAAGUAAAACAAUCAUUUUGUUU